AGGCGACGCGCGCAGAUGACGUGCGGCUCGCGGGGCUGUUCGGCAGCAUGGCGUCCGUGGCGCUGAGCGAGGCGGAGAAGGUGUACAUCGUGCACGGCGUCCAGGAAGACCUCCGCGUGGAUGGCCGUGGCUGUGAGGACUACCGAUGUGUUGAAGUGGAAACCGAUGUGGUGUCCAACACCAGUGGGUCUGCCAGGGUCAAGCUGGGUCACACAGACAUCUUGGUGGGCGUGAAAGCAGAAAUGGGGACGCCGAAGCUGGAGAAACCAAAUGAAGGUUACUUGGAGUUCUUUGUUGACUGUUCAGCCAAUGCUACCCCUGAAUUUGAAGGUAGAGGAGGUGAUGACCUUGGCACCGAGAUCGCUAACACCCUCUAUCGGAUAUUUAACAAUAAAAGCAGUGUCGACUUGAAGACCCUCUGCAUUAGUCCUCGGGAGCACUGCUGGGUUCUCUAUGUGGAUGUGCUACUGCUGGAAUGUGGUGGGAAUUUGUUUGAUGCCAUUUCCAUUGCUGUAAAGGCUGCUCUCUUCAAUACAAGCAUACCAAGGGUUCGAGUUCUGGAGGAUGAAGAGGGGUCGAAGGACAUUGAAUUGUCUGAUGACCCUUAUGACUGCAUACGACUAAGUGUGGAGAAUGUCCCCUGCAUUGUCACUCUGUGCAAGAUUGGCUAUCGGCAUGUGGUGGAUGCUACUCUUCAGGAGGAGGCCUGCUCACUGGCCAGCUUGCUGGUGUCGGUGACCAGCAAGGGAGUUGUGACGUGCAUGAGGAAAGUGGGGAAGGGCAGCCUGGACCCAGAGAGCAUCUUCGAGAUGAUGGAGACUGGCAAGCGUGUGGGCAAAGUGCUGCAUGCCUCUUUGCAGAGUGUUUUGCACAAGGAAGAAAGCCUGGGACCCAAGAGACAGAAAGUUGGAUUCCUGGGAUGAUUUGCACAUCAACUGCUCAACUGUGGAUUGUUUUUUACUUUUCCUUUUAAACUGGUUUGUAUAUAGUUUUCUUCGCUGUUACAAAUUUACAGCACCAUUUGUACGUGUAAAAUUAAAGGCUAUUUUCUGGUCUGGUUU